GUGACGGAUAGGAAGGAAGGAAGGAUAUCACACAACUUUAACACAGAAGAAGAAGAAGAAGAAGAAGGAGAAAGAAAGACACAAAGAAAGAAAGGAAGAAAGACAGACAUCUAUUUGCAGAGCUACAUCAUAAACGUCAUGGCUCCCAGUUUGUCUCAGGCGUACAGGCGGAGGUGGUGGAUGGCAAUCACAGCCAUCAUAGAGAACCUGCUGUGCUCCGCCGUUCUGCUGGGCUGGGGCUCUCUGCUCAUCAUGCUGAAGAGUGAAGGCUUCUAUUCAAGCCUCUGUGUCGAAAAUGAGACUGUCAGUGUCAACGUUUCCUCCAUGGAGAGUGGUCACUGGCGGAGUUGUGUGGAGCAGGAGGAGGUGUUAAACCUGGGCUUCACCAUCGGCUCGUUUCUCUUGAGUGCUGCCACUUUACCGCUCGGGAUCCUGAUGGACAAAUAUGGACCACGCCCACUGAGGCUCUUCGGCAGUGCCUGUUUUGCAGCCUCCUGUGCAAUGAUAGCUGCUGCAACGUACGACCCUGACAUGCUGUCCGUCCUCAUCUUCCUCGCUGUCUCCUUCAACGGCUUUGGAGGAAUCUGCCUGACCUUCACCUCACUCACACUGCCUAACAUGUUUGGAAAUGUUCGGUCAACGGUCCUCUCCCUGAUGAUCGGUUCCUACGCUUCUUCAGCCGUCACAUUCCCCGGGGUCAAGGUGAUUUACGACCUCGGCGUGUCGUUCCACAUCAUCAUGUGGGUGUGGUCUGGUAUAGCCUGCAUGGUUUUCCUCAACUGCUUCCUGAAUUGGCCCGUUGAAUCUUUCCCUGCACCCGAAGACAUCAGAUACACUAAAAAGGUGAAGCUGAGUGGGAUCGUGACGGAGGACAAGAUGACAGGGGAAACCUACGUCACCCAUGUGAGCGUCAUGGAAGACAUGAUGGGAGCCAAGCAGCCAGAAGCCGAGAAGACGGACUCACAAGGAACGACUCAGGCCCCACUGCCGCUCUGUCACUCUAUGUGUUCUCCCAUCUUCCUGUGGAGUGUCAUCACCAUGGCGAUGACUCAGUUGAGGUUGAUCUUCUUCAUGGGUGCCAUGAACAAGAUGCUGGAGUUUCUGGUCACCUAUGGCGACCCUAACCCCUCAGAGGAGCUGCAGAUGGAGGCAAAGGACCAAGUGGGUUUCUACUCGUCGAUAUUUGGUACGAUGCAGCUCCUGUGUCUGCUGACCUGUCCUCUGAUUGGAUACAUCAUGGACUGGAGGAUGAAGGAGUGUGAGGAGGAAAAUGCAAACACACAAUCUGAAAAGAGCCAAUCAGAUCCACCAAAAAGAGACAGAAAGAUCCAGAAACUGACCAAUGCCAUGAGAGCUUUCAUCUUCACCAACCUCCUACUGGUCUCGUUUGGAAUCAUUUCCCUGAUUGACAACCUGCCCGUUCAGGUGGUGUCGUUUGUCCUGCAUACCAUAGUUAGAGGAUUUAUUCACUCCUGCUGUGGGGGUCUCUAUGCUGCUGUGUAUCCUGCUAACCACUUUGGGACGCUGACAGGUAUGCAGUCAAUGAUCAGCGCUGCAUUUGCGUUGCUCCAGCAGCCACUGUUCAUCCUGAUGGUGGGACACCUGAGAGGAGAUCCCUACUGGAUCAACCUGGGACUUCUCAUCUUCUCCUCGGCCGGCUUCCUGUUGCCGGGCUAUCUGUUCUAUCACCGUAGAAACCUGAUCCUGGCAAGGGCAAGACGUGAUAAGCUGGCCGCCUGCCAAUCAGACAAAGAGAAUGUUCCUCUUAACCAAUCAGAGAACGUAACGGCCAAUGGCAAAAAGAAUGGGCAUGUAGGUAACGGUUGCACAACAAAUGGGCACACAGCUUAAAAUGAUUUAUAGGAUUUAUAUGAUCCAUUUAUUUCAUUAUAGACCAUUUGUUUGUAGUUAUGGUGCACAGGUAAAUCAACACUCUGGGACUAACAUUAACGCAGCCUCAACUCGAUCUAGACUGAGAAGAGCGGCAAUAACAGUACCAAAAAUGAAACAAGAGAGAAAUAUAUUUUUAAAUAGUUUUCAAGCUUUAUUUAAAACACACAAAGAUCACAAACAGUGAUAAGAAGGUGCUGCAGGAACAACUGAGAUGGAAUUAAAUAACAAUAACUUUCUGUGCCCUAAAGUAAAAGGAUUGUUUCAUGAAACACAUGCAAACUGCAAAAAAAUGAGACUAUGGCUGUGUUUGAAGUCACACUCUCAUUCCCAGCUCCCUACAUUGCAGCGGACUAUAUAGGGCACUCAUUCGGCACAACAAGAAAAACAUUUCAGACACCACUCUGGCUGUCGGUAAUGAUGUCAUCGUUUUAGCAGAACUGAAUUGUGCAGCUUCAUGUCGGCAUCAAAAAUAAGGUUAAUACGGCAUGAAUUUCAAUGCUAAUUGAUAUGGUUCUCAUCGUAAUUUCACAAAAACAAUUGAAUUUGAUAAAUAAAUAUCAAGUACUGAAUUUUAAAUAUAUAUAUGUAUAUAUAUAUACAUAUAUAUAUAUAUAGGUGCUUACAGACGAUGGUCUCAUGCCUGUCUUCAUCAUUAUGAAAAACUAAAGUUGAGAGUCCUUUCCUCUUCAUUAAAACAGCUUCUAGAGUUCAGUAACAUAUCCUCCAAAUAUAAACUUUAUUGUGAUUCUGUGUUCGGUUUUCACGCUCCUCUAAUCCGUCUGACCGAGGUAAAACGCCACUUUCUGAUCGUAAAAAUCUUUGAACCACAUUGCAUGAUGAUAUAUAGAUUACGUUGGAUAGUGACCAGUUUGUACAUUACUUUUCACAAUGCAUUGUUGGGUACAAUGAAUGGACUGUAUAGGGUAUGAUAAUGCCGCUAUACAAUGGUGUAUUCGUGUGUGAUUUCAGACACAGGCUAGAUGUACAUAUGAUUGACCAGUGAGCUGCAUUCUGGGAAAUAUUCACAAUCCCUACACCCUUGACCUUUACAGUAAUUGAUAUAAAAUAAUUAAAGGACCACACCACACUCUGUGUGUUUGAACCACAUUCAGUAGCUCUACAAAACCAUUUUAGCCAUUUAUCAAAGCCUAACUUAAAGGAGCAAUAUGUAAUGUAAGAUAUGUACUGAUUUAAAUGAUAAAGGUACCUUACUAUAUGAUCAGACAUUAAGGAAACAUGCUAUGUUGAAGUGCUGGCUCCUCUGACAACAAUGCAGCAGCCAGUAUGUCCUCCUUCUAACUUUAGAUUCUGGUCCUGAAUGCUCUGGAUUUGUUUGGACCAGAGAAGGUAGGCGGUUUUAAGGCACCCCCACACGGCCGUUUUGGACGCCCCUCGGUUUGUCAGAUAUGAGAGCAGUUAUCAGGUCAAACCAACAGGUGUUGCAGCGAUGGAAGCGGGCAAGAGAAGUGGUUCAGAUAGAAGUGAUUGUACCCGACCUAAAAAGCCUCUGCAUGUUUCUAAUAAGCUCCACGAGCAGAAACGUGCUCAAACUAGGAUCAAUAUUGGAAAUGCUUUUGAAACAUGGAGAGAGGUUAGAACACAGAAAGGUUUACAGACCGAUGCAGAGUUGGCUAAACACUGAAGCUUCAGUGUCCACGACUUGUCAAUCUGCGUGAGCGUCGACUCUAAAGAGGAGGGGGCGGGGGGAGACAUAUCUCCGAUGUUUUGAAUUUGGGCUGCAGUACCCAUUUGAAACACUAGGUGUCAGAGUUACAUAUUGCUCUUUUAACUUUGCAGAAUUUUUCAUGAGCCUGAAAAUUGCAUUCAAGAAGUCGCCUGUCGGUAAAAUACAAAAACUACAAGUUAAAAAAUAAAGCCUUUACAUAGUAUUCACAUCUCAUCACCAUCUUUUUAAAGGCAAAAAAUAUUUUGUCAUCAAAAACAGAUGAAGAGAUAUUUAAAACAAGACUAUGUUGCUUUUGAAAAGAGGAACAGAUCCUUUCUCUUACAACUUAAAAGCAACUUUUUCAUAGUUUGGUACAAACCUCAGGAGUCGAUGGAGACCAAAGCAGACCAAAAAAAGACUACAAAUUGGAUUUGAACUCAUCAGGUCUCCAAUAACACGACUCCACACAAAUGUGCAUGUUGCUUAUAAACUGCUGGAUGUGUAAUCAAGCAGCUGUUUGCUAUAAAUCAAGUUCAAAGGUGAUUAUUCCGACAUCUGUUCACAGCUUGUAUUCUUUUCCCCCAAAUAUGCAAAAGAAAGUGCUUUCAGCUCAAAGACCUAUACAGAUGCCAAAGACCACUAAAUGUAAUGAAACAAUGAUUACAUUUACUGCAUUAACUUGACAGCUGUCCUGACUGAAGCCUAUAUCAUCUGAGUUCCAGUUUAAGAUGUUUAUAAUACUAGAAACCACAUUUAAUUAAUCUUUAACUCUGACGGUCUCAGACAACCAGCUUUCUCCGAGAGUCUUUGUAAUAGUUGGAUUUGAUUCUGUAAAUGUGACUCUUAACUUUGUCUCUUCUUUAGUUGAUAUUUUUUUAGUUAGCAGAAGCACAUUGUGUCUUUUUCUUUAAGUUUUGGAAAGAUGUUCAUGUGUGUCGGUGGUUGUUCCACUUUGCUGCACUUGAUAUAUUGCAAUAACUAAACAGGAACUAAAUCACUAACGAGGGAUAUUUGAGCCAAUCGUAGCUCUGUUCAGGCCAGUGUUUCACAAACGAGACGAAGUGUGGAGUCGUUUUGUUCUCCUCUCAUGAAAAUUUUCUGAGAUUCUGUGCAGGCACAGACUUGUUUGGAGCAAAUAUGAAAAUGUGAUUAUAAAAUUCAGAGUAAGUAAAAUACAGUAAAGAGCGGUGCAGUACGUUGAGGAGAAACACUUCUCCAUCUUUGGCUGCUUCCAUGUUUUGUUGUGAGUGUCUGUAGUGUAGUGUACAGUGUUAAUAGAAGAAUGUAUAGUUUAAGAAUAAGGUUGAUUCUGUGAUUAAAUGUAAAAAACAUGUUUGACAUAAUCUGCAUGCUUUGGAGUGCCUUGGUGUUAAACCCUUUAAUAUAAAAUCUUAUAGUUUUAUUGCUUUAGAGGCAGAAUUGCACAAAAAACAAAGCACCUUAUUUGAAUCUUGUUUUUUGCUAUGCAUACAUCCGGUUCACCUUAAAACAUAAAAAAUACACAUAUAGAUAUAGACCAACAAUUUUAAAGGACUUCAAAUGUGUUUGCUUAGAAAGGUAGUAUUUAUUGUGUUAUAUUGUUGCUUUGAUGUAUCCGUCCACAGUGUGACGUUAUUAUAGCCUUAUUAAAAAGGUGGCUGCAGUUAUCAAUUGUCACAUUAUCACCAUCACUUUUGGAGGUGAUGAAAAAGAAGCCAAAGUUAGAUCAAAAAUCCUGCCAUCAAGAUAUAAUGUAAGAUAUAAGUUUAAUUUAAAGUUUUUGUUGUAAAUAGCUUUUCUCGAAGGAGGAAGAUUUGUUUUUUGUUUCUGUCUCUAUUUUAAAUGUUGCUUUGAUUUUGUUGUCGAGAAAUGUAAAGAAAAAAAUAAAACAUGUUUCAUGAA